AUGACGCGUCUUUACAGCAAGGGCAGGAUCAUGAGUCACAGGCGCGGCAAGCGCACGAUGCACCCCAACGUGACGUUGGUCAAGAUUGAGGGUGUCGAAAACACCAAGGACGCCCAGUUCUACCUUGGCAAGCGUAUUGCCUACAUCUACAAGGCCCCUAACGAGACCCGUGGCCAGAAGUACCGUGUGAUCUGGGGUCGUGUUACCCGGACGCACGGCAACAACGGUGUUGUGCGCUCGAAGUUCCGCAACAACAUUCCCCCGGCUGCAUUUGGCGCCUCGGUGCGUGUGCUCCUGUACCCAAGCAACAUGUAUCUAACGUCAGUCUAA